CCCAAAUGAAGAAGAAGAAGAAGAAGAAGAAGAAGGUUCACUUACAGGAAGCAAAACGGCAGUUUAUACUUUUUAUAAUAUCUCAGUCUGACUAAAGCGAGAAUAAUUUGCCUUAGUGCCUUCGAAUGGACUGCAAUAAGCGAGUGUUACGUUCACGGACACAGCUUUCUGUUUUUACAUGCCUGUUUAUUCUGUUGAAGGCAGAGGAGUCGUUAGAUGACGGAGGAGGCUGGUCAUUAGGGUCAGACUUCAGUUUACAUGAUGAAGGCCCGUGUAACGUUGACGUGAUCGACAGCUCUUCAGUCUCCUAUCAGCAGUUUAUUGAAAGAUAUGCAUACAACAGACCUGUCAUCCUCAGGGGGCUCAAUGACAACACCAAAUUCAGGUUUUUGUGCUCCAAGUCAAGCUUACUACAAGAAUAUGGUGCCCGGAAAGUGAGGCUCAGUACAGCUAACACUUACUCUUACAGGAAAGUGGACGUCCCUUUCCAGGAGUAUGUGGAUGUUUUACUGAAGCCUCAGUCUAACAAUGUGCUUGGCAGUGACACGCUGUACUUCUUUGGUGACAAUAACUUCACAGAGUGGCAGAACCUGUUUGAGCACUAUGAGCCUCCACCUUACGUCCUGCCUCACACCAGUGGAGCCUACAGCUUUGGCAUCGCAGGUCCUGGAACAGGAGUUCCCUUUCACUGGCAUGGUCCUGGUUAUUCUGAGGUCAUUUAUGGCAGAAAGCGUUGGUUUCUGUAUUCACCUGAUAAGGAGCCGCAUUUCCACCCGAAUCACACCACGCUGUCCUGGUUGACAGAAACCUACCCCAACCUGCCGGAGGAAGAGGCUCCACUGGAGUGCACCAUCAAGCCUGGCGAGGUGCUGUAUUUCCCUGACCGCUGGUGGCACGCAACACUGAACCUGGACACCAGCGUCUUCAUCUCCACAUUUCUUGGCUGAGCACUCUCAUGUUUGACUGAUUGAUGUGAUGAGAGAGAAAGAUACAGGUCUAGUCAGUCUCAUUUGUGCUUAAUGGACAUGUUUUUUUUCGCAGAGGACUUCUGUAUUUAUUUACCAGAUAAAGACACCAUGUUUCACAGCAAGUGCUCCAGCAUGGAGAAUUAACAUAAUCAUCUCCAACGAUACCGACAAUUCAGACAUUCAACAUUUCUCUUGCUGUGUAGAAUGCUUUUGAAUUCUGUAGCAGACAAAUCUUAAAAUAUUUCCGUGGUGCAGUAAGGUGGACCAUUCUCACAGAUAUUUUAACUGUAACAAAAUUCGAAAAUAAAAUCUUGUAACUACUGUUGUCAA